AGUUUUUUCAUCAGUAAUGAAACUUCUUUCCACAGCAGGAAAACUGCUUGUUUUUGCAGCCUGGUUGGCAUUUAUGUCUGUGGGAGUAGGGAGUACCAAGAUGGCGGCAGGUGACUUUUAGUUUUUACAUUUUCAGGCCAUCAGCAAUCCAGGAAUAAAUAGAGAUCAGUUCGGUUCACCUCGCUGGGUCCAGCUGUGAGCUGAGGGUCUUUUCUACAUCAGGUUUUCUAUGCCCAGUGCUGAUGUUCCACCUGCUGCCACCAGAUGGCGCCGCUCUCCUCCUCUGAGCCCAGUUGGUUCUGCUGCUCCUCUCAGACACUGGGGGGAGGGGGCGGGGGGUCAACACCUCAGCCUGCCGAUGACGGCAGUGACGUCACCCAGGCGUUUGUCGGCAGCUCUUCUUUCAUCCUUCUAUUCCAGAGCAGCGCGAGGACAGAGGCAGACCUCCAGCAGCGGCUCAGGUUCUGACCUCCUGAUUGGUCCGCCAGCAUCACCGUGACGAUGGAUCCAUGAUCUGAUUGGACAUUUAGCCCUGCAGACCCGGAUCCUGGACCGACAGCUCCCCCCCCCCGAUGCUAACCCUCUGAUUGGACGCUUCUUCCUUCAGACCGUUGUCCUUGGAUCUGAUUGGUCAGCCGUCUCUGCAGACCCGGUCCUGUGGGCGGGGCUGACUGCCAUGGGGCCCCCAGAGGGAUCUCUGAUGACCAAUGUUACGUGUGAGGCGCCGUACGAGGAGGGCCGCCUGCCGCUGCUGCUCCUCUACAUCGUGGUUCUGGUGGUCGGCCUUCCCGCCAACGUGCUGACCAUCUUCCUCACCUGGCAGCAGGUGUGCAGGAAAAACGUGCUGGCCGUUUACCUGUGGAGUCUGUCUGUGUGCGACCUGACCUACCUGUUCACUCUGCCGCUUUGGGCCGACUACGUCAACAGCGGCCAUUCCUGGAGGUGGAGUUCCACCGCCUGCAAGAUGACGGGCUACGUCUUUUUCAACAACAUGUACAUCAGCAUCUUCCUGCUCUGCUGCAUCUCCUGCGACCGUUACUGGGCGGUGGUCUACAGCCUGGAGUCCCGCGGGCUGCGGCGUCAGCACCACGCCGUGAUCGUCACGGUGGCUGUUGUUCUGGUGGUGGCCCUGGGUCACACCGCCGUCUUCACCAUGAGGGAGGGCGACGCCGAAGGCCAGGGACGCUGCUUUGAGCCUGGCGGCGGCGGCGGCGGCGGCAGGAUCAUGGGUUUCAACUACGCCCGCUUCAUCGUGGGCUUCCUGCUUCCGCUGCUGCUGCUAGCAGUGACGAACCGCUGCGUCCUGGCCAACGUGCAACGCAGCACGGGCCUGCAGGGCGGCCAGAAACGCCGCGUUCGCCGGCUGGCUGUGGCGGUGGUGAUGCUGUUCCUCAUCUGCUUCGGCCCCUACCAUCUUAUCCUGCUGAUCCGCGCCGUCUUCGCCCAGUUCCCCCAGCUGGUAAACACCCCCUGCCUGUUUGAGAGGAACAUGUACACCCCCUACACCAUCUCUCUCGGUCUGUCCACCAUCAACAGCGCCGUCAACCCCAUUCUCUACGUCCUGUCCAGCAACAACAUCCGCAAAGAGUGCCGCCGCGGCCUGACUCAGGUCCGAGUCCUGGGCUGCCACGCACCGCAGUCCAACAGCAGCCAGAACAAGUCCUUAGAGCUGAACGCUGGAACCGAGACUGAGAGACACGUCGCCGGGACGACCGAGACAUGAGAGACAUGUGGACUCUACCUGCCCCUCCCCCACCGCUGCUCAUCAUUCAGGGUUAGAAACUGCAAAAGACCGAAUCGUAGAAAACAGACAAUUCUGAGACUUUCAGCGAAGCUUCUGCUUCUGUAACGUCUCGGUUUGUCGCUCUGUAGAACGUCUUCGGUCUGCAGACUGUCAGAGACUCUCAGACUGACCUCUGACCUCUCCAGAGGUUCUUCUCACCAGCAGCUGCUUCUUUUUAUCCUUCAUGUAACCAAAGUUCACCUGCAGCAGCGUAAUAUUCCUGAAAGAAAGCUUCUUAUAUUUGAUGAUGUCAGCUUCUUUCUUUCCACAUUUCAUAAUAAAAGUCUUUGAGUGAAA